GACCAAUGGUGGCCGAUAGGUAUAUCGAGUGACUUCCACCUCUACCGCGUUUUCGGUAAAAGUGGAGAAAAUAAAUAGCAUUUUCGCAAGAUAUUUAAUAAAACAUCACAGAGAAACAUCUAGCAUUGCCAUGCCUACAGAGGACUUCUACUUGCGCUAUUACGUGGGCCACAAGGGCAAGUUCGGGCACGAGUUCUUGGAGUUCGAGUUCCGGCCGGACGGCAAGCUGCGCUACGCCAACAAUUCCAACUACAAAAAUGACACCAUGAUCCGCAAGGAGGCCUUUGUGCAUCAGUCCGUGAUGGAGGAGCUGAAGCGCAUCAUUAUCGACUCGGAGAUUAUGCAGGAGGACGACCUGCCGUGGCCGCCACCAGACCGUGUUGGUCGCCAGGAACUGGAGAUUGUCAUUGGCGAUGAACACAUCUCGUUCACUACCUCGAAAACCGGCUCGUUGGUGGACGUGAACCGAUCUAAGGACCCCGAGGGCUUGCGCUGCUUCUACUACCUGGUGCAGGAUCUCAAGUGCCUGGUCUUCUCACUCAUCGGCCUGCACUUCAAGAUCAAGCCAAUAUAAGCGACAUACUUGAUCGUAAGCCUAUUAUUUUUUGUAAUGAAAUCUACAAUACUUGUACCCGUAUUAGCUCUAAUGACAUACUCUUGUGUACAGUUUGAGAAGUCUGGAUAAGUGAAAGAAAUCAACAAAUCUAAUAAAUAACGACAAUGGAGAAUGA